UUUACUUUCUGGUUAGAUGACUAUUUGAAGAUGGAAAUUCAGACUCCAGAUCACGGAGCUCCUGUCCAGACCAACAUUACAGCUGAGACAGGAGGAACCACCUGUGCUCCUGUGAUCGACGGAAACACUGUUCAGGGAUCACUGACAGUAAUAAACAGCAUAUAUGGAGGUGAAGGCUGUGCUGCUCUGGUUAAAGCUCUGAAAUCAAACCCCUCGCCACACCUGAGAAAGCUGAAACUGAGUGUCAAUAAACUAGGAUAUUCAGGAGUGAAGGAGCUCUCUGAUCUACUGGAGGAUCCACACUGUAAACUGGAGAAACUACAGCUGUAUGACUGCAAAAUUAAUGGUGAAGGCUGUACUGCUCAGGUUAAAGCUCUGGAAUCCAACCCCUUAUCACACCUGAUAGAACUGAAUCUGAGCUGGAACAAACUAGGAGAUUCAUCAGUGAAGAAGCUCUGUGAUCUACUGGAGGAUCCACACUGUAAACUGAAGAAACUACAGUGAAUCAUUCACCAUUCAUCUAGAGACUCUUUUACUUUCAGUAUUUUGUGUGUGUACAUGUGUAAAAAAGAGAGAGGGGAAGAAUGUAUGUGAUAGAGCUUCCACUGACUAGUUGACUUUUCAAUUAAAAUACACUGAAUGUCACUGUGGACAGCUGUAGAGCCUAAAGUGAUUAAUAAAGCAUUUUUUUCUGCUCUCCUGCAAAC